AUUUAUUUGACUCUUUUUAGCUGAACAUUACGUUUUUAUAGACAUUGGACGAAAUCUAGAUUGGUGUGUUUAGUUUAGUAAUCAAUGAGCCUUAGUAUACCUUAUUAUUUGAGUUAAAUCAAAGAUCUUGAGAUAAAAAGCUUCAGUGGUAUACAAAAUGGAGACCUUUUCGCAAUCCACCAUUGAAAAAGGAUCUGACAUGAUCCAAGACUUCUUGUGUUCGACCUGCGAAGAGGAGAAACUGGAAGAAUCGGCUGAUUAUUAUUGCGAAUCUUGCUUGAAGUUUUACUGCGGAAAAUGUAUUCACUUGCACGGCCAGUUGUUUAAGAAACAUUCUCCUCAUGGAAGAAGUGAUAUGAAGAAAUGGCCAGUUGCCAAGAAGGUGGAAGAUUUCCUUUUUAAAUGUGAUGUUCAUAAGGAAGAAAAUUUGGCAAUGUUUUGCAAAGACCAUAGCCAGCUGUGCUGCAAUAAUUGUGCUUUCCUGAACCACAGGCAAUGUAAAACGGUGAUGCUUUUAUCAGACUUGGUAAAAAAUACCUCCACAGACCUCAAACAAGUAUCAGUUACUAUCCAAACUACUCUGGCAGAACUGAAGAAGCUUCAAGACAAACAGGAGGCUAGCAUUAACUCUGUGCAAAGUUCAUAUGAUGAGCAGUUACACAAGAUACAGGAAACUCGGCAAAAAAUACUAGCAGCUUUCGACAUGCUUGAAAAAAAGACACUGCAGGAAAUGAAAGAUACACUGACCAAACUGCAAGCCCCUCUUAAAAGUGAUGUCGACAAAUGUUCCACUCUUCGAGAUAAAUUGAAACAACUUGGAGACGCUAUCCAGGACAUAAGUGAGAAAAGCAAACUAGAACUAUCUUUUAUAGCCAGCAUUAAAUGCAAGGACAAAAUACAGCAGUUUGAAAACUAUCAAAAGACGAACUUUGUUCAAGUAAAAUCUUCAAUAACUUUCCAUCCUAAUAGUGAAAUAAUGCAGUACCUUUCCCAGUUGUCAGGUCUUGGGAAGAUUGAACAUGCAGACCAAGUAAUGGAGAUUGAUGGAAAGUCUGAGUAUGAUGUACGCGUACAGGGUGAUUCAACUCGCAUUAUCAGAGACGUAUGUGUUCUCCCUAGUGGACAAGUCCUUGUUGUAGACUUUGAUAAUAAGAAAGUCAAGCUGUUGAACAAGCAGUACCAGCUGGUGAGUCACUGUAGUGUAUCUGAUGUGCCAUGGUGCAUAUGUCAGAUCACACCAAGUGAGGUUGGUGUUACUGUCGGUUCCGAGGUCCAGUUUAUCAAAGUCAACAACAACCAGCUGGUGAAUGACAGAAAGCUCAAGUUUCAACAUUUCUGUUACAGUAUUGCCUUCCACCAGGGAGAACUGUUUUUAACUUCUAAUACUGUGCUGUUCAUGUACUCCCUGGAUGGUAAACUAAUCAGUAAACUUCACGAGGAUAACUCAAAUAAAUGGACAGUAGCGCACUGUGCAUUGAGCCCGACAGGUGACAACUUGUAUGUCACAAACUCCCCUGAGCACAAGCUCCUCACCCUGGCCAGGGAUGGAUCAGUCCUUGCCACCUUCAUGGACCCUGAAUUGAAAUGGCCAAUAGGUGUACAUGUGACACCUGCAGGCCAGGUGCUGGUAUGUGGAUAUACCUCCAGCACUAUCCUACAGGUGGACAUUAAGGGUAGUCGGAAGCUGGCCACUCUGGCUACACAGAGGGAUGGGCUUCAGAACCCAUACUCAGUCUGCUACAACAGCCACACUGACUCCGUUAUUGUGGGACAGUCUGUUAACGACAAGAUCCUGGUGUACAAAAUGAAAUAGCUUGUCAUUCUUGUAUCUUAUUUGUGUAAUCAUGAGUUAUAAACAUUAAAAUAAAUAUAGCUGUUAGUCAGUAAGUGCUAUGUAACAAAUAUAUUAUAUGUUUAUUGUGAAGUAAUUAGUGAUAUAAAUGACCAUAGCCGUUUGUGUAAUAGUUUUAUGUUACAAUUAAUCAAUUAUUUUGAAAUGUGGAUACUUAUAUUUUCUAAAAAUCAUGUAAUCACUCUUGAUUUUUUUGAAUGUGAUUUAUUAGAUGUGUAUCAAUGAGUUGAUUGAUUUAUUUGCUCUUUCAAGUGGCUUCAGUAGAAUUUUGUCAAUGGAAGACUAAUUGAUGGAUAAUAAUAGCCUUUAUGUUGUCAUUAACAGAUAGUUUUCACAUUAAAACUAAUUUUAAAUACAUUGUUGUUUUUGAAGAGUUUGUAUGAUUGUUUUUGAUCACUUGGCAUUUGCUUUGCUUCUCAUAAUUGUGUACCUAGUGUCUAGAUGAUAUAUAGAGUAAGAGAAUAACAGGUAACUGACUGUUCAUAUUGUUAUUUAUUUUAUGCUUUCCGGUGGUUUAUAGAGAAAUAUCAGUGAAAUAAAAUUGGUAUUCCACAGUUUUAAACAGUGAAAAAUAUCGGUUUACUGUGAAAUGACGUCAUUUUUUGGACGAAAUGAUGUCAUUAAUCCAGCGAAAUUAUGCAGUUAAACUUAUUUACAAUGAAAAUAAACGUUGAAAAAAGCAUCAAAUAAAAAGAAAAUUUGUUGGAUUUAAUGGAAUAUUGACUUUAUUUCACUCGGGAUCAUAGAAAAUAUAUUUUUUCACUUGUGGCUUCGCCACUCAUAAAAAAAUUUGUUUUCUCUGAUCACACAUGAAAUAAAAUUGAUAUUCCACCGAAUCCAACAAAUAUCCUCUAUAUAUCAGGCGAAGCUGAUAAUAAAAUAGCAGCAAGGCUAAGACAGUAUAUUUUUUUUUCUGUUUAUCAUACCUUUACGUCUCCAUUUUAAAAGAAACAAGAAAAUAUUAUUGCUACGAUGCUGCAUUUUUAAGUGGGAUGAGUACGAUUUGUGACGUUGACUUGUUAAUAAUGACUUCACGAGCAUUUGCGUUAAAUACUUGUAACAUAUGUGCUUUGCUGUGUUAGUUAAUUUAUGUGUCUAAAUAUAUUAUAUGUUGGUGUCACAUUGUUUGUUUUGAUGAAUCUAAUUUUAUUAUGCCUCUCUUCGAAGAAGAAGGGGUAUAUUGUUUUGCUGGCUGUCUGUUCGUAGACCAGUCUGAAUGUCGGUAGACCAGUUCGUUUCCGAUCAAUAACUCGUCAGAAAUGACCGAUUGUCUUGAUACUUCACAUGUGCAUUGGCCUUGGACUAGGGCUGUCACGAUAUGCCGUGAGCGUACCGCGGUAUAUCGUGGUACGGCAACACUGUAUCGCGGUACGUACCGCGAUAUUUUACAGAAUAUGUAUCUGUGAAGAAAACAGCAGAAUAACAAGUUUAACAAACUUUAUUAAACUUAAUAAUCAGAAAACACUGGUAUCAUAGUAUGACUAGAAACUGUAAAAUAAACUGUAAUAAACUUGAUAGAAGUA